AUGACGCACAAAGUACGGGACAGGGCAAGCGCCAGUGGAAAUUGGAAAAAAGAAACAAGAUGGCAACUGUUUCAGAGCACGGGCUAAAAAGAGUAGUUUGGCAAAGAAUAAAGGAAACGAUCAUCGAGGAUUGCAAGAAGUCUGAAAUAUGGAAGAUAUUGAUAUUGGACCACUUCACCACCAAYCUUCUGUCUUCAUGCUGCAAAAUGUCCGACUUGAUGCAGGAGGGAAUUACCAUUGUGGAGGACCUCUACAAAAGCAGAGAGCCUGUACUAGAAAUGAAGGCUAUCUACUUCAUGACCCCGACAGCAAAGUGUGUGGAUGCCUUCAUUGGUGACUUCAAGUUGAAACCCAAGUACAAAGCAGCAUACGUUUAUUUCACUGACUAUUGUUCGGAUGAGUUGUUCAACAAAAUGAAACUGUACUGUGGAAAGUAUAUACGUGUCUGUAAGGAAUUAAACAUUUCCUUCUUGCCCCAGGAGUCACAGGUGUUCACUUGUGAUAACCCUGGGGCCUUCCGCAGUAUCUACAGCCCUCACUGUAGUCAGGACAAAGAGGAGACAUUGGAGACUCUGGCAGCCCAGAUCGUCACUCUCUGUGCCACGCUGGACGAGAACCCAGGGGUCAGAUACAAGAAGGAGACCGUGUUGGAGAACACCAUUCUGGAUAACGCCAAACYGCUAGCAGCACUGGUGGAUUACAAACUGACUAAGCACUACGAUAUGGAUGACAAUGGCAAGAAAAAGGGAAAGACCCAGGCCCAGCUGUUAAUCGUAGAGAGGGGCUUUGACCCUGUGACCCCCAUCCUACAUGAGCUGACCUAUCAGGCCAUGGCCUACGACCUUGUCCCAAUCAAGAACGACACCUACAAAUACAAGUCUAAAGAUGGUUCUGAGAAGGAGGCCCUGCUGAAUGAGGAUGACCAGCUGUGGGCCAGACUCAGACACAUGCACAUUGCUGAGGUGUCAGAACAAAUACCUAAACUGGUGAAAGAAAUUUCUGCCAACAAAAAACAGCCAGAUGGAAAGAUCACAAUAAGCGGUUUAUCCCAGCUUAUGAAGAAGAUGCCCCACUUCCGCAAGCAGGUUGCUCAGAAAACGGUCCAUCUGAAUUUGACUGAAGACUGUAUGAACCACUUCCAGAAGAACGUGGAGAAACUCUGCAAAGCUGAGCAGGACCUGGCAGUAGGGUCUGAUGUGGAGGGUGUGAAGGUGAAGGACCCCAUGAGGACACUGCUUCCUGUCCUGCUGCACCCCCAUGGUACCUACGACAAGAUCAGAGCUGUUCUCCUCUACAUCUUCAGCCUCAACGGAACAACAGAGGAGAACCUGAACAAACUCAUCCAGCACGUUAAGAUCGAGGAGGAUCCAGAGUUCAUUCUCAACUGGAGAGAACUGGGAGUCCCAAUCAUAUCAUCGCCGGGCUUCUUCCCAAUGCGRAGGUCUUCUCGAAGGGACCGCACUCAGGAAGAGACAUACAGCCUGUCCCGAUGGACACCUCUCAUCAAAGACGUGAUGGAGGAUGCUGUGGAGAACAAGCUGGAGACCAAGGAAUGGCCACACCAGUCAGAGUGCCCAGCAGCCUGGAAUGGCUCUGGGGCUGUCAGUGCCCGUCAGAAACACAAGGCCAGUUCUCAGGACGAGCGGAGGAGUGGCUCCAGGCUCAUCAUCUUCGUCAUCGGAGGGAUUAGCUACUCAGAGAUGCGCAGUGCCUACCAGGUCACACAGUCCGUCAAGUCCUGUGAGGUCAUCAUAGGAUCGUCCCACAUUGUGACCCCCAUGGAGCUCCUAGACGAUAUUCAGGCCCUGAGUAAACCAACCACCACCAAGGAGACCUUUACAAUAGUGAAGGAGUGACCAACCCCGUACCCCUUCCCCAAACAUAACACCCUCCCCCAAACCUGAGCA